AUGUGUAUGCACAACAUGAAAAAGUCGUUGUUUCGUGCCUCAAACUUUUUGUCCCUUAUGAAACUUAAUUUCCUGCUUUCCCGUUUUCACGGCUUAUUUCCAUAUUCAAUCGAAAAAAAUACAAUUAUUUUCUCAAAAUUAUAUUACGUUUAUUCCUGCUCACUAACUCUCACAGCUUUGGCAUAUUUUAACAUAACUUUGGUAGUAUUUCUCGCAGACAUGCAGUACAUUAAUUAUGUGUACGUUAUUAGAAUAUGCUUUGAAAAAAUCAAUCAAAAUCUUCAAAAUUUAAAGUACACGAUGAUGACAAAAGAACCGCAUCUUUUGAGAAGAACUUAUCAUGAGCAGAAUAAUGAAUUAUUGCUGAUUGAGCUGAAUAAUCUUCAAAAACAACAUCACGAAGUGAGCGAUAUUUUGAAAAUGUUAAACUCAACGUUCGGCCUUCACAAUGUUGCGAGCAUAACAAUGAUGUUCACGGAAAUGACAUUUCGACUUUAUUUUCAUAUUUUAAAACUUUUUAGUAAGAAACCGACAGAUCACAUUUUCGAAUUUUAUUUUUACACAUCAAUGAUUUAUUAUAUACUUAAAUUAACUUUUAUCGUUGAUAUUUGUGAGAAGGCAAAAAAUCAGGCGCAGAAAAUUGGAAAUACUGUUCACGAUGUUUUGUUAUCGACUCAUGAUAUCAAAAUAAAGGAAGAGCUUUAUUUAUUUUCUCUGCAACUUCUGCAUCGAAAUAAUAUCUUCUGUGCAAGAGGUCUAGUCAUCAAUUACUCACUAUUGAAUGAGAUCGCAGGUGCAAUCACAAUGUAUUUAUUAAUAUUAAUACAAUUUCACAUGUCAUCGCCGUCAGCAACCUGCAGUAUUGAUAAUAUAUUAAAGGAAAAUUAAAUUUCAAGAAAAUUGCAAACUGUAAACAAAUUAAAAUAUUUUAUAUUAUUCACGACGAGUUCCUGUGCAUAUAUUUCCUGUCUUACACAGAAGUAUGAGGAUUUAGCUCUCAACUAAAAGUACAACGGCGCAUGCGUGAAGAAACAACGGGACGGAGCAACAGUGCAGAAUAAUGUAUCAUUUGAAAAUAAUCUCACCGUAAAUUCCCCUUUAUACAAAUAGAAUUCAGUUUUUAAAU